AUGAGUGGCGACGAGGCAGCCUUUGUUUAUGGCACUUUGAUGGCCGCAGAGGUCUUCUUCAGCGUCUGCUACGGUGACAAGCACCCACCACUAGCGAUUCAAAAUCUCCAUACCUUCACGGCAGCGAUUUUGGAGGACUACUGCCGCCAUCGGGUCCGAUUCGCAGACUAUCCUGCUGCCGUCCCAGAAAAGGGGCAUAACAUCCGCGGAAUCCGCAUUACCGGGCUGACGGAUGCCAACCUGGAAAAGCUAGAUUACUUCGAGGGCUCCGAGUACGAGCGACGAAAGGUCAAAGUGAGGCUUCUCGAAAAAGACGGUGACACUGAAGUUGUCGGAGACGAGAUGAGUGCAUCAGUGUAUGUUUUCCUCAAGGCCGAAGCUUUGGAGAAGCGGGAGUGGGACUUUGACGAGUUUCGACGAGAGAAGAUGAAUUCAUGGACGAGAGGGGACUGGUCCUACGAUGAAAACGACAAGGCUGCAAUCCAUUGUGCCGUUUGA